CUAUUCCUCCCCCCACUGACACCAACGAUGGGGCACUACUAUUCCUCCCCCCCACUGACACCAACGAUGGGGCACUAUUCCUCCCCCCACUGACACCAACGAUGGGGCACUAUUCCUCCCCCCACUGACACCAAGAAUGGGGCACUAUUCCUCCCCCCACCGACACCAACGAUGGGACACUAUUUCCCCCCCCCCCACUGACACCAACGAUGGGGCACUAUUCCCCCCCCUGACCCCAACCAACGAUGGAGCA